AUGAUAUUUUUUCCAUCAAUACAGGCUUCCAAAAAAGAACAUGCAGCAAUUAUUUUGUGGAGCACUACUUCCUGGAAGAAACUGCAGAGUUUGUCAUUUCACAAUCUGACUGUUACUCAGCUGGCAUUUUCUCCUAAUGACAAAUUUUUAUUAGCGGUUUCUAGAGACAGGAGUUGGUCACUGUGGAGGAAACAAGACUCAUCAGAGUCAGGACCAGUUUUCAGUUGCUGUGCAUACACAGACAAAAAUACAGCUGUUCACAGUCGAAUCAUUUGGUCUUGUGAUUGGACACCAGAUAGCAAGUAUUUUAUUACUGGCAGUCGGGACAAAAAGGUCAUUAUCUGGGGCCGAUGCAAUUUAUCUGUGACUACUGAAGGCAAUGUGCUGGAUUCGAUCAAGCCUUGUUCAACAGUACUGGAUGCCGGGGAUUCUGUUACUGCUGUUAGUGUUAGCUUUGUGCUUACCCCUGAUGGAAGGUAUAUUGUUGCAGCAGGUUUAGAGAAUGGGAAGAUUAUCUUGUACACGUGGAAGCAGAGUGGGCAAGAACCAGCACUAGCUGACUGGACCACCUGUGUGGAGAUGGAAAACAGCCAAAGCCAUGCUCUUGCUGUGAAACGUUUAUGUUGGAGACAUCACGCGGGCAGAGCUGGACAUAAUGAUCAGAACAGCAGCGAGUGGUUGCAGCUUGCAAGUUGUGGAGCUGAUCACUGUGUUAAGAUAUUCAAUGUCAACAGAUUUGCUCUUUAGCAAAGACAGCAGGCCUGUCUGUGCAAAGCAGAUCCACGACAUUUUGUUUCAGCUUUUAGCCAUUUUGGUUGUUGAUUUUUUUGUUUUCUGCUGUGGAAAGGGAAACAUCUGACAUGUAACUUAUUAAAGCAACUUUUGUGGUAGUUUGAAAUGUCAAA